AUGUCUGUUGCUAUAAUACCAAUUGGUAUCUCGCUAAUUCCAACAACAAACAAGUCUCAAUUUUUUUCGAAUAAACAGAGCCGUUUAACAAAUGAUGACAAACAAAGAAUUGCUCACAUCUGCUUUUUUAUAAUUUCAUUACUGUUUACCAUUGGAAUUUUGUUUGAGACAGGAUAUAGUGCGUGGAAAAAAUAUGAUAUAAAAGCUGCUGCAAUCGUCGCAUUUUUUGGUUUAGUUCUAUGUGGAAUACUUGUCAGCUUGCUUGUUUUUCAACUUCCUUUUCUUGUUGGAAUGUAUCGGGAGCAACACCAACACUAUUGCAUCCAACAACCUAUCAAACAUGAUAAAUCAUCUCGUUACAUUAAGAUCGAAUGGUUGCCAAAACAAUACAUUCGAAAGUUAAAUAUGGUGAUGAGUCGAGUUCCUAUCAAAGAAAAUCGCCAGUUCAAUAUUUGA